AUGGCGGAGUUUGCUCUUGGGUUGACCAAGACGGCUGUGGAGGGGACGGUGAGCUUGGUCAAGUCGGCGAUAGAGGAGGAGGCCGAUCUCAAGGAAAAGAUGCAGAACGACCUGGUGUUCAUCACCGGCGAGUUUGAGGUGAUGCAGUCCUUUCUCCAGAUCGCCAACAAGGAGCGCACCAAGAAUGAAGUGAUGCGGACCUGGGUGAGGCAGCUCCGCAACCUGGCCUUUGAUGUUGAGGACUGUGUCGAAUUGGUCGUCCACCUUGACUACAAGUCACCCUGGUGGGCAUGCUUGCCGCGCGUGUGGCACACGGUGCGCUGCAAUGCACUGCCCCUGCCACUAGACGAGGCGGUCGCGGAGAUAAAGCAGCUCAAGUCCAGGGUUGAGGAUGUAAGCCAGAGGAACACGCGCUACCACCAUCUGGUGAGCGACUCUGGACCCGAGGCCAUCUCGUCGGCCAUGGUCACUACUGGCACAGCAGCAUUCCACAUGCUACGGAAAGUGUGGGAGGAUGCUGGGAAGCGACGCGAAACGGGUGACCUCCAAGAGUUGAUCACCCGUAAAGGCAAUGACUUGCAAGUGAUCUCAGUAUGGGGAAGCAAAGGAGGUGAUCUUGGAACAACGUCCAUCUUCAGGGAGGUGUACACUAACCCAAAGAUCUGCGAAGAAUUCAAGUGCCGUGCAUGGGUAAAGCUGAAGCAUCCCUUUGACCCUGAUGAGUUUCUGGAGAGCUUGUUGACUCAGUUCUACCUGAGCUAUCAUCAAGCAAAAGUAGGUGCAGACAUUGAUAUGAAGGCCAAGCUCAAGCAAUAUAUGAUCACGCAGAGGUAUCUCAUCAUCCUGGAAGAAGUAUCCACUGUGAUGCAGUGGGAUGCCAUCAAAAUGCACUUUCUGGACAGUAAAAAUGGUAGCCAGAUUGUCGUGUCAACACAGCUAGGGGUUGCACUUUCGUGCACAGAGGAGCCGAAAUUAGUUUCAGAGCUCAGCCGGUUCUCCGAUGGUCAUUCCCUUUGUGCUUUCUCGAGGAAGGUCCCUGGGUAUUGCAAUGAUAUGGGUGAACUUAAAUGGCGAGUAAAAUGUCGUGGUGUAUUCUCUGUGUUUGGAAUCGGUCAGAGAAAAUCGGUUAUGGUCAGAAAGCUGUUCCAUAGUAUAGUGCAAAAGAAGGAAGUAUUUGAUGGACUGGCAUUUCGGUUGUACAGAUGGGUUCAUGUGCUCCAUCCAUUCAAUUUGGAACACUUCUCUCGGCAGUUAUAUCAAGAUCUUUCUUCAAAUGUUGUAGAAUGUGAUCCUUAUUAUUGUGGUAUGAGUAUACUUUGGGGGAUGAAAGAGCAAGAACUAGUUGAAGGUUGCAGGAAGCUUCUGAGUGAAGACAGCCUAGUUGUUAUUACCGGUCUAAAGUCCAGCAAGGAAUGGGACACCAUAAAGAAGAACUUCUUGUCGGACACAACAAAAUGCUGUAUCAUUAUCAUUACAGAAGAGAAGAGGGUGGCCGAACAUUGUGUGGAGAACAAGAAAGACCGAAUACUCCAUAUCGAUGAUCCUAUAGAGGGUAGCGUUUUCUCCAGCUUCAGGGAUGAAGCAUAUGAGUGGAUCAAUAAUUUUGAACUUGUUGGGCAUCAGGAUGUUGUAGCACGUAAGCUCUUAGAGCUUAUGCAAUCAAGUCAUGGUGUGGUCUCAGUGUGGGGGAUUGCUGGCGUCGGUAAAUCAGCUCUCAUCAGAUACAUUUAUUGCCACCUAAUGCUCAGGUUAGAUCGAAGGAUUUCAGACUCCGCUGAUGGAGAGACGUUUGAGAAGUAUAGCUGGGUGGAUGUGCCCCACCCGUUUGAUUUGGCAGGCUUCUAUCAGCGCUUGUUUCUGGAUUUCCAUUCAGAUGAUAUUCAAGCCAAAGAAAAGGUAGCAGUUGGUAUCAUGGAAGGCCAAGAUCACAUUCAAGCGUGUGAUAGGCUUCUGCGGCAACACGCGUGCCUCGUGGUUAUUGAUGGCCUACAGUCCACCCAUGACUGGGACUUGAUAAAAACCAAUUUAUUAAUGGGGUAUACUAAAUCUUGUAUUGUUGUCAUUACGUACGAAGCAAGCGUCGCCAGGCAUUGUGUAGAAAAAGAAUCUCAAAUGGUCAACAUCAAACGUCUGGAACCUGACGUGGCCCGUCAUCUGUUCACCAAGAUAGCUUCCAACGACGAAGCCUGGACUCCUUAUGAGAAGAAGCUUUAUGAAGAUAUUAUCGUGCCCAAAUGUGGUGGACUUCCAAAAGUAAUAGAAGCUGUAGGCAGAUAUCGCAAGAACCAAACAAGCAACGAGUUUCACCGAAACCGGUUGCAGGAUAUAGGUCAAAACUUUAUGGAGAUAUUGGAGAGAGAUCAAAGAGAACAUUUGAGGGAUCUAUUUUAUUGGAUGCAAUCCUAUUUUGAUGCUUGCUCAGAUUCACUCAAGCCAUGCAUCUUCUAUAUGUCGGUCUUCUCUCCGUACCAAAACAUUAGGCAGAGGCGUUUGCUAAGGAGGUGGAUCGCAGAGGGUUACUCUAGAAAUACGCCCAGUAUGAGUGCAGAGGAUAAGGGGGAAAUUUUGUUCCAUGAGCUCGUCAACUUGAGUAUAGUCCAACCAAAAGGAAGAACACUCGUGUGCUAUAAUGGUUUCUUCCAUGAAUACAUCAUCUCACGGCCAAUGGAAGACAACCAUAUAUUUUUCCUGGAUGGGCAUUGCAGGGGGGACUUGCAACGCUCAGGGCAACACCUCACCAUAAGUAACAGCUGGGAUAGAGAUAAGGCCGUAUUCAAGAGCAUUGAUUUCUCACGGCUACGAUCACUUACGGUGUCUGGCAAAUGGGAAUCAUUCCUUAUCAAUAGAAGCAUGAAGAUACUUCGAGUGCUCGAUCUAGAGGACACGUCAGGUGUAACAAAUGAUGAUCUUGAGCAUAUCUUAAGGAUACUAUCUCGCCUUAAGUUCCUCUCUCUACGAGGAUGCGGAGAGAUUAGCCGUCUUCCCAAAUCAGUGGGUGGCCUGAGACAGCUGCAGACUCUGGAUGUCAGACGCACCUCCAUUGUCACACUCCCUCAUGCCAUCAUCAAUCUACAGAAGUUGCAGUACAUCCGUGCUGGCACCGCAGAAGCAGAAUCACGUGAUGGAUGUAGCAUGGCCACAGAAACAGAUGAAGGUGCCAUAACAAGCUCAAGCAAACGGGCAGCAACACUAGCAGUAGACAGGGAUGGCAUGGGGGUUAAGGUUCCUGCAAAGAUUCGGGGGCUGGCGGCAUUACAUACUCUUGGUGUUGUCAAUGUCCGUGGUGCAGGGGGGAAGGCUUUCCUGAAAGAGCUCAAGGAGCUUAACCAGUUGCGCAAGCUCAGGGUGUCCGGCAUCAACAUGAAAACCGUCAAGGAGUUCUUUUCAGCCAUCUCCGAUCACAUCCACCUCGAGUCCCUGUGGGUUCGAUUUGACAAGGACAAGCAGAGUUCAUUUGUUACUUUGGACGACAACAUCCCACACCCACCCAAGAACAUAAAGAGCCUUAAGCUGCAUGGGCAUGUGCACAUAUUGCCAGGCUGGAUCGGACAGCUUGACAAUCUCGACAAGGUGGAUCUUGACAUGUUGAAGCAAGAGGACAUACAAUACGCCCUUGCGGACUUGCCAGCCUUGCGUCGUCUUCAUGUCAAGCUGAUGAUGCAAGACUGCGAGUUGGAUUUUACGGCGAGUGGACCCUUCUUGGACUCGAAGGUCCUGCAGAUUAAUUGCACCUCCAGCUCCAGGUUAGAGGUAGCUUUUGCAGGAUUCAGAACGCUGGGUGUUGAGGUGCUCAAGGUUCACUGCUCCAGUGGGUCGUCUUUGCGGCUUCAUGGGCUGGUGGAUCUAAAGAGUCUCAAGGAAGUGUGCCUGGAGGGUUCCUACCGCGAUGAACUCAAGGAAGACUUGAUGCAACAACUUGACCAGUGGCCCCGGGAUAGCGAUAACAAGCCUGUGUUGAGUACAUGUUCUAAAUAA